AUGAUUGAUAGCUUGUUAUAUUUGGCAGCAAGUAGGCCAGAUAUAUCAUUUAGUGUAGGUGUUUGUGCUAAGUAUCAAGCUGAUCCUGGAGAACAAAAUGUUCUUACAGUCAAGCACAUUAUUUGUUAUGUCAAUAGUACAUUGAAUUAUGGAUUGCGAUAUUCUUCUAAAUCUAACUCUAAGAUUGCGGGCUAUACUGAUGCCGAUUGGGCUAGUAACAAGGAUGAUAGAAAGAUUACUUCAGGUGGCUGUUUCUAUGUUGAUACUAAUCUAUUUUCAUGGUACAACAAGAAGCAAAAUUGCACAUCCUUAUCAUCUUGUGAGGCUGAAUACAUUGCUGCUGGAAGUAGUUGCACACAAUUGCUUUGGAUGAAAUAG